AUGUUUGGGAAAGAGGAUAUAGGGCCCUUUGCGGACCCUCCACACAAAGGCGAUACCGAGCAUAUGGAAAGAAACGAGAAUGUAAUGCCACGGCGUAUCUUAGCAACGGCUGCAGAGCGUGCAAGGCGCAACAUCAACGCCAAACUGGCAAAUCCAUUGGCUGGGUAUUCCUAUGAGGAACUGCGCAGACAAGGCAUCAACUUCGCUGUCACACAUCAUAUAGGAGGUGAAGAAGAUAUCCGUGCUUUUGGAAUAGGCGCUAUUCUGGCCCAAGUACCGGAGAAAUUCACUCAAGUUCCUGACCUGAGGCCCGAUGAAAUGGAAGUUCUACAGAAGGAGUUCUCCAAUCGUUGGUCCCAGCCUUGGACAAUGUACCUAGUUAUCGCCCUAUGCUCCCUGGCUGCAGCAGUACAGGGAAUGGAUGAGACUGUCGUCAAUGGCGCCCAAAUCUUUUAUAAACACCAAUUUGGAAUUGGGGACGAUGAUUCUAGGUCUAACUGGCUAGUCGGAUUGGUUAAUUCUGCUCCUUAUUUGUGCUGUGCUGUUAUCGGCUGUUGGCUGACAGUGCCAUUCAAUGCUUGGUUUGGCCGUCGGGGGACCAUCUUCAUCACCUGCUGUUUCUCUGCGCUUGCCUGCCUUUGGCAAGGGUUUGUGAACACCUGGUGGCAUAUGUUCAUUGCCAGGUUUGUGUUAGGCUUUGGUAUUGGCCCGAAAUCUGCGACAGUCCCAAUAUAUGCCGCUGAAACAGCCCCUCCUGUCAUUCGCGGUGCUUUGGUAAUGCAGUGGCAGAUGUGGACUGCGUUCGGCAUCAUGUUCGGCUACGCCGCGGACCUUGUCUUCUAUGAAGUACGAGAUCCAGUGGGGAUCACAGGCCUCAACUGGCGUCUCAUGGUGGGCUCUGCUAUGCUUCCAGCUAUCCUGGUUUGUUGUUUUGUUUUUACCUGUCCAGAAUCACCUCGUUGGUAUAUGGCGCGGAAUUGCCACGAUAAAGCAUAUCGAUCAAUGUGUAGCCUGCGGUUUCACAAGAUCCAAGCUGCCCGUGACCUCUUCUACAUGCACACAUUGCUGGAGGCCGAAAAUGGAAUGAAACUCGGCCAGAAUAAAGUACUCGAGAUGAUCACCGUUCCCCGCAACCGGCGUGCCCUGGUAGCGUCUGAGUUGGUCAUGUUUCUGCAACAGGUGUGUUCCCAAUUGCAUAGAACCUAUGCUUCUGUUGAGUACGCUAACCAUGAUAUAGUUCUGUGGUACUUACACGUUCUCUAUUUAGGGGUCAAUGUAAUUGCCUACUAUUCUUCCGAGAUCUUCUUAGAAGCAACAAAUCAGCGGAACGCCUUGACGGCAUCCCUAGGUUGGGGUCUGAUCAACUGGCUCUUUGCCAUUCCAGCAGUGUACACUAUUGAUACUUUUGGCCGUCGUAACUUGCUACUUACCACAUUCCCUCUGAUGGCACUUUCCAUGUUCUUCACCGGCUUCAGUUUCUGGAUUCCACAAGAAACUCACAGCUCGGCGCGACUAGCAUGUAUCGCUCUGGGUUUAUAUUUCUUUGGCAUUGUUUAUUCUGUGGGAGAAGGCCCUGUGCCAUUCACCUAUUCAGCCGAAGCCUACCCACUCUACAUACGUUCGUAUGGCAUGGCCCUCGCCACUGCGACGACCUGGUUGUUCAAUUUCACACUUGCUGUUACAUGGCCAUCUCUUCGCAGCACGUUCACCCCGCAAGGUGCAUUCAGUUGGUACGCAGGCUGGAACAUUGUGGGUUGGUGGCUGAUACUCUUGUUGAUGCCUGAGACAAAAGGAAAGACACUGGAAGAGUUAGACCAGGUUUUCUCCGUUUCCACAACUUUUCAUGCUGCAUAUGGACUUCGGCAAAUCCCUUAUUUCUUCCAAAGGUAUAUCUUACGCCAGAACGUGCGGCCGGAGGUCUUGUAUGAGCGGGAAGAUGCAUUUAAUGUUCCACCAGAAGCUGGUUACAACACUCUAUGA